CCGCUGCUUUCCCAUUCCAAUCGGCAAGGCGCAACAUGGCGGACUAGGAGAGGCGGCACGACAGCGCCCGGAUACAGCGAGUAAAACGCGGGAUACAGGCACCCGGCGUUGUGGAGAGCACAAAAACGCAUCCCGGUGGAAAAGAAGAGGAAGCAGGGCGAAAAACAGGACACUUUAUGGCUUGUUUGGACAUGUAAUUUUGAGCUAGGUUCCGAGCGGGCCGCAUACAGCACAACCUCGGCACUCGGGGUGAGGAGGAGUCCGGGGCCGGGACAGUGAGUGCUGGAUACCAACUUCACAAACACAUAAUAGCGGUGUACAGUGUGAGAAAACGGGCGCUGAGGCAGUCACUGUGCGAAUGAGUGAGUGAUGCAGAGCUCUUUUUUGCAGGGCAGUAUGGGUCUGUGUCCCCUGCUCCUGUUGUGUACCUUGGCCACUGCUUGGGCCCAGGAAUCAGAUGUGCUCUCAGAUCAGAGUCAGAUUGUGACACCCAAACCUUUAACUCCACCUCCUCCCACAGCACACAAUCUUACUCAAGACCCCGCCCCUUUGUCGACAACCCCACCCACCAAACAGCCUGUCAUCAUUAACACCACAAAAGUAACAGCAGAGAUGCCAUCUCCAGGAGUCCCCAUGCCCCCUCGUACCCCUGCUCCAGUUCUGCCUCCUGACACCAGUGCUCCGCCCCCUGAGCCUACCACUGUGAGAGGAGGAGGGACGGAGGACAAAAUCUUAACUGUUCCUCCCGUAACCCUGCCUGUUCCUUCCUCAACUGAGGGCUCUUUUAAUACGACACUUUCCACCAAAAUUGAUCCUGGUUCUUAUAAUAACACAACUCCAAACGUGAGCUUUUCUCCUACUGUUGAACCCAGCAUAACCUCUAACCUGCCUGAAAUCAGCACCACGCCAUACGUCAGCAUUCCUCCAGGUGGAGGUGGUGAAGACACAGCGAUAAUUGCAGUGACGGUGGCCUUAUCAUCUCUGCUGGUCAUCAUCUUCAUCAUCAUCGUCCUCUACAUGCUCAGGUUUAAGAAGUACAAGCAGGCAGGAAGUCACUCAAACUCUUUCAGACUGACCAAUGGCAGGACAGACGACACAGAGCUUCAGAGCGUGCCGCUAUUGGCUCGCUCGCCCAGCACAAAUAGGAAGUACCCGCCUCUUCCAGUGGACAAGCUUGAGGAGGAAAUGAACCGUCGCAUGGCUGAUGACAAUAAACUGUUCCGGGAAGAAUUCAAUGCGUUGCCAGUUUGCCCCAUCCAAGCCUCAUGUGAUGCCGCCUCCAAAGAGGAGAACAAGGAAAAGAACCGCUAUGUCAACAUUCUGCCUUAUGAUCACUCCAGGGUACAUCUCUCCUCGCUAGAGGGCGUCCCAGACUCAGAUUUCAUUAACGCCUCUUACAUUAACGGCUAUCAGGAGAAGAACAAAUUUAUAGCUGCCCAAGGGCCAAAAGAGGAGACUGUGAACGAUUUUUGGAGAAUGAUCUGGGAACAGAACACUGCCACCAUUGUUAUGGUGACCAACCUUAAGGAGAGAAAGGAGUGUAAGUGUGCUCAGUACUGGCCGGAUCAGGGCUGCUGGACAUAUGGGAACAUCCGUGUUUCUGUAGAGGACAUGACCGUGCUGGUGGACUACACCGUACGCAAGUUCUGUAUUCAGCAGGUUGGGGACGUAUCAGGGAAGAAGCCCCAGAGACUGGUGACUCAGUUCCAUUUUACCAGCUGGCCAGAUUUCGGUGUGCCCUUUACCCCCAUCGGAAUGCUUAAGUUCCUUAAAAAGGUUAAAACAUGCAACCCACAAUAUGCUGGGCCCAUUGUGGUGCACUGCAGUGCUGGUGUCGGGAGGACAGGGACCUUCAUCGUAAUCGAUGCAAUGUUGGACAUGAUGGCUGCCGAGAGGAAGGUGGAUGUGUUCGGCUUUGUCACCAGGAUCCGAGCCCAGCGCUGCCAGAUGGUCCAGACCGAUAUGCAGUACGUAUUUAUUUUCCAGGCUCUGUUGGAACACUACCUGUAUGGAGACACAGAGCUGGAGGUUACCUCUCUAGAGUCUCACCUGGUAAAACUCUAUGCUCCUUUACCUGGAGCCGGCUGUGGUGGGCUGGAGGCGGAGUUUAAGAAACUCACAUCUAUAAAGAUCCAGAAUGAUAAAAUGAGAACGGGGAACCUUCCCGCCAACAUGAAGAAGAACCGUGUGCUUCAGAUCAUUCCAUAUGAGUUUAAUCGAGUGAUCAUUCCUGUAAAGCGCGGUGAGGAGAAUACAGACUAUGUCAAUUCUUCCUUUAUUGACGGCUACAGGCAAAAGGACUCGUACAUGGCGAGCCAGGGCCCACUGCAGCACACCAUCGAGGACUUCUGGAGGAUGAUCUGGGAGUGGAGGAGCUGCUCUAUUGUGAUGCUCACUGAACUGGAGGAGAGAGGACAGGAGAAGUGUGCUCAGUACUGGGCCACUGAUGGAGUGAUGGUGUGUGGUGAUAUGUCCAUUGAGAUGAAGAGAGAGGAGGAAUGUGAGAGUUACACUGUCCGAGAUCUGCUUGUCACCAACACCAGAGAGAAUAAAACCCGUGCUGUGCGUCAGUUCCACUUCCACGGCUGGCCUGAGGUUGGGAUCCCAGCCGACGGUAAAGGCAUGAUCAACAUCAUUGCUGCCGUGCAGAAACAACAGCAGCAGUCUGGAAACCACCCAAUCACAGUGCACUGCAGCGCCGGCGCAGGUCGUACGGGCACAUUUUGUGCUUUGAGCACGGUUCUGGAACGUGUGAAGGCAGAGGGCAUUCUAGACGUCUUUCAGACAGUGAAGAGCCUGCGACUGCAGAGACCACACAUGGUGCAGACACUGGAGCAGUAUGAAUUUUGCUACAAAGUUGUCCAGGAAUACAUCGAUGCCUUCUCCGACUAUGCCAACUUUAAGUAGGGACCCUACUGAGUGAGCGAUGUGCACAGAAUCUCUCUCACACACACACACACACACACACAGUGUUACACACGCAAGCUCAGCACUGGACUGACUGCAAUCGCAGAAAAGGGAACAAGGACAGAAGAGGAUGAGCAGGAUAGCAAUUUUUUCAGAAGAGGACAAAAAAACAUGCCUUCUUGAGUAUUUUGUAAUUUUGUGUAUUGUCUUGAUAUAUUUUUGCCAGUGUAAAUACACUUCCCCAACAUUUAUUUGUUUUUAGAUGCAAGUUUUAGUGUGAACUUUUUUUUUUCUUAAUGUAGUUUACAGGAAUAUGAAUAUAAACAUAGUUAUAUGACUCUAAAUUGGUUUUGAGAACAGCUGGACCCUCUUUCUUUCCCCCCACCUCCUUUUUUACCCUCUUUGUGGAGCUGGACACCCGACAACUCGAUCCUGUUUUGGCUCACUUACACAAGUAACACAACACAAGCUAUAUACGUUAUGUGCUUUCUUAAAAUCUCCAGAGCAUCGAGCAGGUUUAUUUUGGAGAAAGUUCUGUGAGUUGUUCCUCCUGAGCAAGCAGCAGUGUAUGGGAUCAGGUACUUUACAUCCCAGGUUCUCAUGGAGGACCAGAUCGAAACCAACACAUUAAUUAAGUCUGUCACUUCAGGAAAAACUUUCAAACUGCUUUUUAAACACUUCUUCAAUAUCUGAGCACUGUUUUCCUUCAGCACAAGCAAGUGUUAGUUGUUUCUGAUGAAUAUAUUUAGUCUGUGAGAGAGACUCACGUGAUUCUCCAAAAUGUUUGAACAGGUGCUUCUUUUCUUAGCAAGCCUUGAAGAUUGAAACAAUUUUGCUUUCACACAGUUAAAAGUGUUAUCAGAGAGAAUGUGGCUAUAAAAUAUUUUGACCUUCUAACUUCUCAGACCAAACCUUAUAAAUAAACAAUUAGCCCUGACUUGGUGUUCAGUCAGUGUUAGGUGUCUCCGAGUUGAACACAUUUUCAGAGACUUAGACAUUUCUCCUCAUGAGCAAGAGCACAAGCAAGUGAGGAUGAAGGAAAUAGAAAAAAAGAAAGAAAGUUGUUACUGAUUAGCAGGACUGAAUGUGAUGACAGGUCAUGGUUCUGUUCGUGUCCAUCUGUCUGGCCCUUCUUACUAUUUUAUCAUUAGCACUUGUGUGUGAAGCAGUCCUUUAACACUCCACUGAGCCAGUCGAAUGGAAAACUAGCAAGAACCUUUUUUAUUAUUAUUAUUUUAUUUUAUUUUUUUUAACACUAAUCACUUUGCUUGUUUACGUGGCUUUUGAGGUUGACCAAAGGAAUCUAAACUGUUGCCUAGUUACAGCAAAAUGGGUAUUGUUUCUUUUUGCAUUCCUUUUUGCAAGGGGUCAAAGGCCACUGUUGAGCAGCUGUGAAUAAACCAACACCCCAAACAUCUCAACCAACAAACGCACGUAAUUGUACCUCGACUAACAGAACACCUAUAGGUGAAUUAACAGUGUUCAGGAGUGUUGAUUUUCAGCUGGCUUCAGUCUGAUUAGCGCUGUGCAGGAACUCCAUAGACGUCUGAGUCAGAGCCUGCACACUGCUGAUGAGUAAGUGAACCCUGAGGAUGUCAGACUAAGUAAAUAAAUAAAACAAAAAGCAUGGUUUAAUGUAAAGGAACUCUGGCAAGUUCCUCUUCUACUAUAUAUAUAUAUAUAUAUAUAUAUAUAUAUAUAUAUAUAUAUAUAUAUAUAUAUAUAUAUAUAUAUAUAUAUAUAUAUGUAUAUAUAUAUGUAUGAGGUUAAUCUCUAUAGAGCUGUAGUGUGUGCGUGACCAAAACACCCAAAGCAAUUUCCCCUCACACAUCCUGUUGCAAUUACAUUACAAAAGACGCUGGAUUUAUUUUUUUUUAUCUUAAACACUGUGCCAAUACACACACUGAGUAAAUAAUCCCACCCAAACUUUUUGCCCCUUCUUAAACAGGCUCCGCCCCUUUAGUUCCACCUUCCUGUAGGUGUGGAUCACUGAGCAAGUGCCUAUAUAAUAACUCCACUGCUACAUGUGUGUGUGUUUGCUAUUUGCUGAAGUUCAGCUUUUACUGUUACUGUUUUGUUUUUUAACUUCUCAGUGGUGAAAUUUCAAACUUAACACCUCUUCAGGAAUAAUUCUUUUAAGCUGAUGUGUGUUAAAUAUCUUUUUGGUGUCGUGCUUUCAUCUGAGACCCCAAAUAAGAUCAGAUAAGAUUUAACAGUCGGCAGUUCACACCAUGAAACAAUACUGAUUUCCAAAUUCUAGCUACUUUUAGCUGGGCGUCCGGCAGCAUCUGUGAGAACUCACUGUGGAAUAUUCCAGUACUUUGAGAAAGCGGCAUCUUGUUCAUCUUCAAGUUCUGAAUGUUGCAUCAUUUUGUGGAAGAGGAGAAAACCUGCAGGAAGAGAAAUGUAUACAGAAAAAAACGAGAAUGAGAAAUCCCUCUAACACACUGUCUUUUCAUGUCCUUGCUAUUCACAUGUGAUGCUCUUCAUCUGUUCCUACACGUCUUCACCCCUCCACCCUUUUCUCCUUCCGCCUCUGUCGAUUGGGUCAUGUAUAUUUGACCCCUAUUUUAACUUGAGACAUUUUAUUUCCUCCUCCCCACUUUGUCUGUCAUUCUUUUCCUUUCCUCAUCCUAAAUGUUCCCAUCUGUACAUAACAUUAUUUAUAUUUCAUUCCUUGUUCACCGCCUGGCUUAUUUUAUUUUUUUUAUUCUUAUACACUUGUAUAAUAAACUGUACUGGGACCAUUUUUUUUUUGAAAGUAUUAGAAUUUUUGUCCAUUUUUUAAGUUUGGUAUUAUUAUAAUUGUCUUAAAAUCCUAUUUUUAAUUUGCAUCUGUUUUUAUAGUGUUAUUCAAAAUUCUGAAUGUGUAUAUAAUUAUAUAUAAAAUAAAUGAUAUAUAAUUAUAUAAUGUUAAUGGACGUUCUAAGCAAGGAACUGUUCCCGACUUAAUAAAAAUGCUUGAGAUUUUA